AUGGGCAACGAGGCUAGUCUGGAGGGCGGCACUGGCGAAGGGCCGCUGCCGCCCGGGGGCCCAGGUCCCGGCCCCGGCCCCGGCUCAGGGAAGCCGCCUUCAGCACCGGCUGGCGGCGGACAGCUCCCCGCGGUUGGGGCGGCGAGGGCGACUACGGGACCACCGGCCCCUGGCGCUGGCCCCGGCCCCGGCCCCGGGGUCACGGUCAGUGUUUCUCGGAGACUGGACCCCAAGGAGUCCCUGGGUAGCCAGAGAGCAGCUUCCCCAACUCCAAAGCAGGCUUCUGCUACUGUUUCCAGCAAUGAGAGCCCCCGGGAGACAAAGGCACAGGGCCCAGCAGGCCGGGAAGCUGAUGGUCCCCGCAGGACGCUGCAGGUGGACAGCAGGACACAGAGAUCAGGGCGGUCCCCCUCGGUGUCACCGGACAGAGGCAGUACCCCCACAUCACCCUACUCCGUCCCCCAGAUUGCCCCUCUUCCCAGCAGCACCCUGUGUCCCAUAUGCAAGACCUCGGACCUCACGUCGACCCCCAGCCAGCCAAACUUCAACACCUGUACCCAGUGUCACAACAAGGUCUGCAACCAGUGUGGGUUCAACCCCAAUCCUCAUCUCACCCAGGUGAAGGAGUGGCUCUGUCUGAACUGUCAGAUGCAGAGGGCUCUGGGAAUGGACAUGACCACUGCGCCUCGCUCCAAGAGCCAGCAGCAGCUGCACUCCCCAGCCCUGUCUCCUGCCCACUCCCCAGCCAAACAGCCCCUGGGGAAGCCGGAGCAAGAGAGAUCUCGGGGCCCAGGGGGACCACAGCCUGGCCCCCUCCAGGCUGAGACAGCCAGGGCCACCUCAGUGCCGGGGCCUGUCCAAACAGCUACCCCUCCAGAGAUGGGGAGGGUGUCGCCUCAGCCCCCUCUCCCCACAAAGCCUUGCACAGCUGAGCCCAGGCCACCUGCAGGAGAGGCCCCAGCCAAAAGUGCCACUGCAGUGCCCUCUGGGCUUGGUGCUGCUGAGCAGACCCAGGAAGGCCUCACCGGGAAGCUCUUCGGCCUCGGUGCAUCACUGCUGACCCAGGCGAGCACCCUCAUGUCUGUGCAGCCUGAGGCAGAGCCCCAGAGCCAGCCUGCCCCCAGCAAGGGGCCGCCCAAGAUCAUCUUCAGUGAUGCAAGUAAGGAGGCUGGCCCAAAACCCCCUGGCUCGGGGCCUGUGCCUGGGCCAACACCUGGAGCCAAAACUGAGCCUGAGGCUAGAAAAGGUCCUGGAUCAGUGCCUGGACCCCUGGCAAAAACUGGAGGAACAACCAGUCCAAAGCAUGGCAGAGCAGAACAUCAGGCAGCAUCCAAAGCUGCUGCCAAGCCAAAGACCAUGCCGAAGGAAAGGGCCACCUGCCCACUGUGCCAAGCUGAGCUCAAUGUGGGCAGCAAGGGCCCAGCCAACUAUAACACCUGCACCACCUGCAAGCUCCAGGUGUGCAACCUGUGUGGCUUCAACCCAACGCCUCACCUGAUGGAGAAAACAGAGUGGCUUUGUCUGAACUGCCAAACUAAGCGGCUGUUGGAGGGCAGCCUGGGAGAGCCCAGCCCUCUGCUGCUGCCCACCUCACAGCAGCCUCCUGCAGGGGCCCCUCACCGUGCAGCUGGAACAGCCCCUCUGAAGCAGAAAGGACCACAGGGACUGGGUCAGCCAUCCGGCGUCCCACCUGCCAAGGCCAGCUCCCAACACACCAAAGCCAGCCCCUUGCCCACCAAGGCCAGCCCCCAGGCCAAGCCCCUUAGGGCUUCCGAACCCAGCAGGACCCCAAGCAGUACCCAGGAAAAGAAGACAGGAGUCCCUGCUAAAGCUGAGCCGGUGCCGAAGCCACCUCCAGGGACUACCCUGCCUCCUGGGAUUCCUAAAGUAAAGAGUGGGAUGAGGAGGACUGAACCUGCCACCCCUGUCGUCAAGGCUGUUCCAGAAGCCCCCAAGGGUGGUGAGGUGGAGGAACUGGUGGGCAAGCCUUACUCUCAGGACCUGUCCCGGAGCCCACAGAGCCUCAGCGACACAGGCUAUUCCUCUGAUGGCAUCUCCAGCUCCCAGAGUGAGAUCACAGGCAUUGUGCAACAGGAGGUGGAGCAGCUGGACAGUGCAGGGGUGAUGGGGCCACGCCCACCCAGCCCCUCAGAGCUCCACAAGGUGGGGAGCAGCAUGCAGCCUUUGCUGGAGGCCCAGGGCCUGGCCCCCAGUGGGGAGCAGAGCAAGCCACCCUGCAGCAGCACUGGUGAGGAGCAGAAGCGGCGGCCCCACUCCUUGUCCAUCGUGCCUGAGGCCUUUGACUCUGAUGAGGAGCUGGAGGAUAUCCUAGAGGAAGAGGAAGACUCUCUCGAGUGGGGGCGCCAGAGGGACCAGCGGGACACAGCUGAGUCCUCAGAUGAUUUUGGCAGCCAGCUGAGGCAUGACUAUGUGGAGGACAGCAGUGAGGGAGGCCUGUCCCCUCUUCCACCCCAACCCCCAGUCCGGGUAGUAGAACUGACUGAUGAGGAGUUCAUGCGACGGCAGAUCCUAGAGAUGAGUGCUGAGGAAGACAACCUGGAGGAGGAUGACACUGCCACCUCCGGGCAUGGCCUGGCCAAACAUGGCAUCCAAAAGGGUGGCUCCAGGCCCAGGUCUGAGCCUAGCCAAGACCCAGGAACACUGCCUAAGAGGCGCCUGCCCCACAAUGCCACCACAGGCUAUGAGGAGCUGCUGUCUGAGGGAGGCCCAGCAGAGGCCACUGAUGGCAGUGGGGCCCUGCAGGGUGGGCUCCGCCGAUUCAAGACCAUUGAGCUCAACAGCACAGGCAGCUACAGCCACGAGCUAGACCUGGGCCAAGACCCUGACCCCAGCCUGGAUCGGGAGCCGGAGCUGGAGAUGGAGAGCCUGACAGGCUCGCCUGAGGACCGCUCCCGUGGGGAGCACUCCUCUACCCUGCCUGCCUCCACGCCCAGCUACACCUCGGGUACCUCGCCCACCUCCCUGUCAUCGCUAGAGGAGGACAGUGACAGCAGUCCCAGCCGCCGGCAGCGGCUGGAGGAAGUGAAACAGCAGCGCAAGGCCCGGCACCGCUCGCAUGGGCCCCUGCUGCCCACCAUCGAGGACUCCUCGGAGGAGGAGGAGCUGCGGGAGGAGGAGGAGCUGCUGCGCGAGCAGGAGAAGAUGCGGGAGGUAGAGCAGCAACGCAUCCGCAGCACUGCCCGCAAGACCCGGCGUGACAAGGAAGAACUGCGGGCCCAGCGGAGGCGCGAGCGCUCCAAGACACCACCCAGUAACCUGUCGCCCAUUGAGGACGCCUCCCCUACAGAGGAGCUGAGGCAGGCAGCUGAGAUGGAAGAGUUACACCGCUCCUCCUGCUCUGAGUACUCUCCCUCACCCUCCCUUGACUCAGAGGCUGAGGCCCAGGAUGGUGGCCCCGCCCAGCUCUACAAGUCAGGCAGUGAGUACAAUCUGCCCACCUUCAUGUCCCUCUACUCACCAACCGAGACACCCUCGGGCAGCGCCACCGCUCCCAGUUCUGGGCGACCCCUCAAGAGCGCCGAGGAGGCCUACGAAGAGAUGAUGAGAAAGGCUGAGCUGCUCCAGCGGCAACAGGGCCGGGUGGCAGGAGCCCAGGGGCCCCAUGGUGGCCCCUCUCAGCCCACUGUCCCCCGGGCCCAGGGCUCCUUUGAAUACCAAGACACCCCAGACCGUGCCUAUGGCAGGGCUGCUCAGCCUGUCUCAGAGGGCACAGCGGCCAGCCAGGGAGCAGCCGUGUACGAGGAGAUCCUUCAGACUUCACAGAGCAUAGUCCGCAUGCGGCAGGCCUCCUCACGGGACCUGGCCUUUGCUGAGGACAAGAAGAAGGAGAAGCAGUUUCUGGAUGCCGAGAGUGCGUACAUGGACCCAAUGAAGCAAAAUGGUGGUCCACUUACCCCUGGUACCAGUCCCACCCAGCUGGCUGCCCCUGUGUCCUUCUCCACCUCCACCACCUCGGACAGCAGUGGGAGCCGAGUUAUUCCUGAUGUCCGUGUCACUCAGCAUUUUGCAAAGGAGCCUCAGGACCACCUCAAGCUGCACAGCUCUCCUGCCUCCCCCAGUUCAGCCUCCAAGGAGGUAGGCAUGUCUUUCUCCCAAGGCCCUGGGACCUUAGCCACCACAGCUGUGGCUCCUUGUCCGGCUGGCCUGCCACGAGGAUAUGUGACUCCAACCUCCCCAGCGGGCUCUGAGCGCAGUCCUUCACCAUCUUCCACAGGCCACAGAUAUGGACAGAGCCCAACCACUGCAAACUAUGGGUCCCAAACUGAGGAGCUACCCCAAGCCCCCAGUGGCCCUGCUACAGGUGGACGGACUGCCAGAGAGAAGGCCCUGAGUGGGAGUGACGGCGAGGGUGGCACUCCCCAGCCUUCCCGGGGAUAUUCCUACUUUACAAGCUCCAGCCCACCUCUCUCCCCAUCUUCCCCCUCAGAGAGUCCCACAUUCUACCCUGGCAAGCUGGGUCCAAGGGCUACAGCAGAGUUCUCUACACAGACGCCAAGCCCAACCCCUGCCUCAGACAUGCCACGGAGCCCUGGUGUCCCCCCUCCAACACCCAUGGUAGCCCAGGGCACACAAACACCACACCGACCCAGCACACCUCGCCUGGUGUGGCAGCAGUCCUCUCAGGAGGCUCCCUUUAUGGUCAUCACGCUGGCAUCAGAUGCCUCUAGCCAGACCAGGAUGGUACAUGCCAGUGCCUCCACCUCCCCAGUGUGCUCACCUACUGACACCCAGGCCACCACCCACAGCUACAGCCAGACAACACCUCCGAGUGUGUCUCAGCUGCCCCCAGCACCACCUGGACCACCUGUGUUCCCACGGGUGCCCAGUGCUGGUGCAGAUGGGCCCCUGGCCCUAUAUGGCUGGGGUGCCCUUCCUGCAGAGAACAUCUCCCUGUGCCGUAUCUCCUCUGUCCCUGGAACUUCUAGAGUUGAGCCAGGCCCCAAGCCCCCUGGCAGUGCAGUAGUAGACCUUCGCAUGGCCAUCAAACCCACACCCAUCAUUCUCACUGACCAGGGCAUGGACCUGACCUCUCUUGCUGUGGAAGCGAGGAAGUAUGGCCUUACCCUGGAUCCAAUCCCAGGGCGGCAGUCAACUGCUGUGCAGCCCUUGGUUAUCAACCUCAAUGCUCAGGAGCAGACUCAUGCCUUCCUUGGUGUUUCCACUACUGUGAGCAUCACCGUGGCCUCAUCUGUGCUCAUGGCUCAGCAAAAGCAGCCUGUGGUCUAUGGAGACCCCUUCCAGAGCCGGAUCGACUUUGGUCAGGGCACGGGUAGCCCUGUGUGCUUGGCCCAGGUCAAGCAGGUAGAGCAGGCUGUCCAGACAGCCCCAUACCGAGGUGGGCCCCGGGGAAGGCCCAGGGAGACCAAGCUUGCCAGGUAUAACCUACCCAACCAGGUAGCACCUCUGGCCAGAAGGGACAUUUUGAUCACUCAAAUAGGCACUGCCCAGAGCGUUGGCCUCAAGUCAGGCCCAGUGCCAGAGCCUGGUGCCGAGCCCCAUAGGGCCACCCCUGCAGAGCUGCAGUCACAUGCUGCUCUGCCAGGUGCCAGGAAGCCACACACAGUGGUGGUGCAGAUGGGAGAGGGCACAGCAGGUACUGUGACCACACUGCUCCCAGAGGAGCCAGCGGGUGCCCUGGACCUCACUGGGAUGAGGCCUGAGAGCCAGGUGGCAUGCUGCGACAUGGUCUACAAGUUCCCCUUUGGCAGUAGCUGCACUGGCACCUUCCACCCUGCCCCCAGUGCACCUGAGAAGAGCGUGGCAGAUGCUGCCAUACCUGGCCAAAGCAGCAGCCCCUUCUACACUACCCGGGAACCUGAGCCUCCCGAGCCCCCCACCUACCAGGCACAGAGGGUUGUGGGGCCUGGGACCCACGAGGAGCAGAGGCCCUACCCUCAGGUCCUCCCUGGCAGGCUGUACUCCUCCAUGUCUGACACCAAUUUGGCUGAGGCUGGCCUCAAUUACCAUGCCCACAGGAUUGGGCAGCUCUUCCAGGGCCCUGGACGAGACUCCGCUGUGGACCUCAGCUCACUGAAGCACUCCUACAGCCUGGGCUUUGCAGAUGGACGCUACCUAGGGCAGGGCUUGCAGUAUGGUUCAUUCACGGACCUGCGUCAUCCCACAGACCUUUUGACUCACCCACUUCCCAUGCGGCGCUAUAGCUCAGUGUCAAACAUCUACUCAGACCACAGGUAUGGCUCACGGGGAGACACAGUUGGCUUCCAGGAGGCCAGCCUGGCCCAGUACAGUGCCACCACAGCCCGGGAGAUCAGCCGCAUGUGCGCUGCCCUCAACUCCAUGGACCAGUAUGGCGGGCGGCAUGGCAGCAGUGGUGGUGGCCCUGACCUUGUGCAGUACCAGCCCCAGCAUGGGCCUGGGCUCAGUGGUGCACAGGGUCUGGCUCCCCUCAGACCUGGCCUCCUUGCUAACCCCACCUUUCCAGAGGGCCACCCGAGUCCUGGGAACCUGGCCCAGUUUGGGCCUGCAGCAGGCCAGGGAAUGGCAGUUAGACAGCUGCUGCCAUCCACAGCCACUGUGCGUGCAGCUGAUGGCAUGAUCUACUCGACUAUCAACACCCCAAUUGCUGCAACACUGCCCAUCACCACCCAGCCCACCUCAGUACUGCGGCCCAUGGUUCGUGGUGGCAUGUACAGGCCUUAUGCAUCUGGUGGAGUCACAGCCGUGCCACUCACCAGCCUGACGCGCAUGCCCAUGAUUGCCCCCCGGGUACCUCUUGGGCCCACUGGGCUGUACCGAUAUCCUGCACCAAGUAGAUUCCCCACUGCUUCCAGCAUUCCACCAGCUGAGGGUCCUGUCUACUUGGGGAAACCUGCUGCCGCUAAGGCCCCCGGAUCUGGGGGCCAAUUAAGGCCAGAGCUGCCAACAGGGACUGCACGGGAGGAAGCUCUUUCUACAACCACCCCUGCUACCAUCAAGGAAGCUGCAGCAGCCCCAGCCCCUGCCCCACUAGCAGGCCAGAAGCCAUCAGGAGAUGCUUCUCCUGGGGGUGCCAGUGGGGCCCUCAGCCGGCCAGGACUUGAGAAGGAGGAAGUGUCACAGGAGGAGAGGCAGCGGAAGCAGCAGGAGCAGCUGCUACAGCUGGAGCGAGAGCGGGUGGAGCUGGAGAAGCUGCGACAACUGCGGUUGCAAGAGGAGCUAGAGCGGGAGCGGGUGGAGCUGCAGCGGCAUCGUGAGGAAGAGCAGCUGCUGGUGCAGCGGGAGCUGCAGGAGCUGCAGACGAUCAAGCAUCAUGUGCUGCAGCAGCAGCAAGAGGAACGCCAGGCUCAGUUUGCACUGCAGCGGGAGCAGCUAGCGCAGCAGCGGCUGCAGCUGGAGCAGAUACAGCAGCUGCAGCAGCAGCUGCAGCAGCAGCUAGAAGAGCAGAAGCAGCGGCAGAAGACUCCUUUCCCUGCAGUCUGUGAGGCACCUGGCCGAGGGCCUGCCCUAGCUGCCACCGAACUGGCCCAGAACGGCCAGUAUUGGCCACCCCUGACCCACACAGCCUUCAUUGCUGUGGCAGGGAAUGAGGGGCCUGGGCAGCCUCGUGAGCCCAUCCUGCACCGGGGUCUCCCCAGCUCAGCCUCAGACAUGUCACUGCAGACUGAGGAGCAGUGGGAGGCAGGCCGCAGUGGUAUCAAGAAGCGGCACUCCAUGCCACGCCUGCGGGACGCCUGUGAGCCAGAGUCAGGUCCUGAGCCCUGCGUGGUCAGGAGGAUUGCAGACAGCAGCGUGCAGACAGAUGAUGAGGAUGGGGAGGGCCGCUACCUCCUGACCCGGAGGCGCAGAACUCGGCGGAGUGCUGACUGCAGCGUGCAGACGGACGAUGAGGACAAUGCCGAGUGGGAGCAGCCGGUGCGCCGCCGCAGGUCCCGUCUUUCCCGCCACUCAGACUCGGGCUCUGACAGCAAGCAUGAUGCCACUGCUUCGUCAUCCACUGCCACCACCGCUGUAAGGGCCAUGAGCAGCGUGGGCAUCCAGACCAUCAGUGACUGCUCUGUGCAGACGGAGCCUGACCAGCUGCCCAGGGUCUCUCCAGCCAUCCACAUCACAGCUGCCACCGAUCCCAAGGUGGAGAUUGUCAGGUACAUAUCAGCGCCAGAAAAGACUGGGCGCGGAGAGAGCCUGGCCUGCCAGACGGAGCCAGAUGGGCAGGCCCAGGGUGUGGCCGGGCCGCAGCUUGUAGGACCAACUGCCAUCAGCCCCUACCUUCCUGGCAUCCAGAUUGUCACCCCAGGGCCCCUAAGCAGAUUUGAGAAAAAGAAGCCAGAUCCCUUGGAGAUUGGGUACCAGGCCCACCUGCCUCCGGAAUCUCUCUCACAGCUUGUGAGUCGCCAGCCUCCCAAGUCUCCCCAGGUCCUCUACUCACCAGUCUCGCCCCUGUCCCCACAUCGGCUCCUGGACACCUCCUUUGCUUCCAGUGAGAGGCUGAACAAGGCUCAUGUGAGUCCCCAGAAGCACUUCACGGCUGACAGCACUCUCCGCCAGCAGACGCUGCCUCGCCCCAUGAAGACCCUGCAGCGGUCCUUGUCUGACCCUAAGCCCCUCAGCCCCACCGCCGAGGAGUCUGCCAAAGAGAGAUUCUCCCUCUACCAGCACCAGGGGGGACUGGGUAGCCAGGUGUCGGUGCUGCCACCCAAUGGCCUGGUCCGCAAGGUGAAGCGGACACUGCCCAGCCCCCCUCCAGAGGAGGCUCACCUUCCCCUGGCUGGCCAGGCCCCCCCACAGCUGUAUGCAGCCAGCCUGCUGCAGCGAGGGCUGGCGGGGCCCACCGCUGUCCCUGCUACCAAGGCCAGCCUGCUCCGGGAGCUGGACCGGGACCUGCGGCUGGUGGAGCAUGAGUCCACCAAGCUGCGCAAGAAGCAGGCGGAGCUUGAUGAGGAGGAGAAGGAGAUUGACGCCAAGCUCAAGUACCUGGAGCUGGGCAUCACACAGCGCAAGGAGUCUUUGGCCAAAGACCGAGGUGGACGUGACUACCCACCCUUGCGAGGUCUUGGUGAGCAUCGUGACUACUUGUCAGACAGUGAGCUCAAUCAGCUGCGGCUCCAGUGCUGCACCACUCCCGCCGGCCAGUAUGUGGACUUUCCUGUCACUGCCGCUGCUCCUCCCACCCCCUCUGGCCCCACUGCCUUCCAGCAGCCCCGGUUCCCACCUCCAGCCCCACAGUACACUGCAGGCAGUGGUGAGCCAACUCAGAAUGGAUUCCCAGCCCAUCAGGCACCCACCUACCCUGGCCCCAGCACAUACCCAGCACCUACCUUUCCUCCUGGCACCAGUUACCCAGCUGAGCCUGGCUUGCAAGGCCAGCAGGCUUUCCAUCCUACAGGCCAGUAUGCAGCCCAAACACUCAUGCCAACCACACAGAGCACCCUUUUUCCUGUCCCAGCUGACAGCCGUGCCCCCCACCAGAAGCCACGCCAGACAUCACUAGCCGACUUGGAGCAAAAGGUGCCUACCAACUAUGAGGUGAUCACCAGCCCUGUUGUGGCCAUGUCCUCAGCUCCCUCUGAAACCAUCUAUAGUGUCCCAGCAGUGAGCAGCAGCUAUGAGCAGGGCAAGGCCCCUGAGCUGCCCCGGGCCAGUGACCGUGGCAGUGUGAGCCAGAGCCCAGCCCCCACCUACCCCUCUGACUCACACUACACUAGUCUGGAGCAGAACGUUCCUCGGAACUAUGUGAUGAUUGAUGACAUCAGUGAGCUGACCAAGGACAGCACCUCUGCUGCCCCUGAUAGCCAGCGGCUAGAGCCCUUGGGCCCAGGCAGCAGUGGGCGCCCAGGGAAGGAGCCUGGAGAACCAGGUGUCCUUGAGGGGCCUGCACUGCCCUGCUGCUAUGCCAGAGGAGAGGAGGAAUCUGAGGAGGACUCAUAUGACCCCCGUGGGAAGGUUGGCCAUCAUCGGAGCAUGGAGAGCAAUGGCCGACCAGCCAGUGCCCACUACUACAGUGACAAUGACUACAGACAUGGGACUCGAGCAGAGAAAUAUGGUCCAGGGCCUGUGGGGCCCAAGCAUCCCUCCAAGAGCCUGGCCCCAGCUGCCAUCUCCUCAAAGCGCAGCAAGCACCGGAAGCCGGGCAUGGAGCAAAAGAUCUCCAAGUUCUCACCUAUUGAAGAGGCCAAGGAUGUGGAGUCGGACCUGGCCUCCUGCCCCCCACCUGCAGUCAGCAGCAGCCUGGCCUCCCGGGGCAGGAGGUUCCAGGAUGAAAUUACCUACGGGCUCAAGAAGAACGUGUAUGAGCAGCAGAGGUACUAUGGGGUCUCCAGCCGGGAUGCAGUAGAGGAGGAUGACCGCAUGUAUGGUGGGAGCAGCCGGUCCCGGAUGGCAUCUGCAUACAGUGGGGAGAAGCUGUCCAGCCAUGAUCUCAGUGGCCGAGGCAAGGGGUAUGAACGGGAACGGGAGGCUGUGGAGCGACUUCAAAAGGCAGGCCCCAAGCCCUCAUCCUUGAGCAUGGCCCACAGCCGGGCACGGCCCCCCAUGCGGAGCCAGGGCUCUGAAGAGGAGAGCCCUGUCAGCCCCUUGGGGCGGCCCCGCCCUGCUGGGGGGACCCUCCCUCCUGGGGAUGCCUGCCCACAGUUCUGCUCCAGCCACUCAAUGCCUGAUGUCCAGGAGCAUGUCAAAGACGGACCUCGGGCCCACUCAUAUAAGCGUGAGGAGGGCUACGUCCUGGAUGAUUCCCACUGCGUGGUUUCCGACAGUGAAGCAUAUCACCUGGGCCAGGAGGAGACGGACUGGUUUGAUAAGCCCCGGGAUGCCCGCUCUGACCGGUUCAGGCACCAUGGGGGCCACACAGUCUCCUCCUCCUCCCAGAAGCGAGGCCCUGCCAGGCACAGUUACCACGACUAUGAUGAGCCCCCCGAGGAAGGCCUAUGGCCUCACGAUGAGGGUGGCCCAGGCCGCCAUGCCUCAGCCAAGGAACACCGGCACCACAGUGACCACGGGCGGCACUCAGGCCGCCACACUGGUGAGGAGCCAGGAAGGCGUGCUGCCAAACCACACGUUCGGGACCUGGGUCGCCAUGAGGCCCGGCCCCACUCUCAGCCCAGCCCUGCCCCAACCAUGCCGAAGAAGGGUCAGCCUGGGUACCCCAACUCUGCUGAAUACUCACAGCCAUCCCGUGUUCCAUCAGCAUACCAUCAUGCCUCUGACAGCAAGAAGGGCUCCCGGCAGGCCCACUCCAGUUCUGCUGCUCUGCAUCCAAAACCAGAACCGCAGGCACAGCCGCAGCUGCAAGGUUGGCAGGCAGCUCCAGGGCCACAGCAGUCACAGCCACCACUACACAGGCAGAUGCCCUCAGGGGCAGCAUCACGCCAGCCACAGACACAACAGCAGCAGCAGCAGCAGCAGCAGCAGCAGCAGCAACAGCAGCAACAAGGCCUUGGGCCGCAGCCUCCCCAGCAGACCCCGUUGCAGGCUCGGCUGCAGCAGCAGAGCCAGCCAACCGCCCGGGGCCCAGCCCCUGUUGCCAGCCAGCCAGUAGGGAAGCCUCAGCCAGGCCCCAUGACAGCCACAGGCCCCCAGCCAGCAGGACAGCCACGGGCAGAACAGGCAAAUGGCUCCAAAGGGACAGCCAAAGCACCCCAACAGGGGAGGGCUCCUCAGGCCCAGCCAACACCAGGACCUGGACCUGCAGGCAUGAAGGCUGGAGCCAGGCCUGCAGGGACCCCAGGGGCUCCUACUAGCCAGCCAGGAGCCGAAGGGGAGAGUGUGCUCUCCAAGAUCCUCCCUGGCGGGGCAGCAGAGCAAGCCGGCAAGCUGACAGAAGCUGUCUCUGCUUUUGGCAAAAAAUUUUCUUCAUUCUGGUGACCGUGCCCAGCGGGGCUCUUGAAGAGAUGAAGAGAGAUGAUAUUGCUGUGGAAAAAUCUCUGGAGUCAGAGGCCUGGGUGCAGCUCUGGACUCUGCGUAUAACACAUCUACAGUUUGGCAAACCCUUGGGCCAAAGACUCAUACCAGGUGGGACGUGGCAGGCAGGCCUCAGUUGAGGACAGGAUGUUUUCUAACAGCAGCUGCCUGGGUGAAGCAUCUGCUGGACAAGUGGGACCAUUGGCUUGGGAGGACCUUUGAUUGUCUUUCCAGAGACCCCACUCUCCUCAGGGCAUCACUUUCAAGGCAUAGCCAGCACUGGGAGGGAGGAGCCCUCUCCAGAAACCCUGCCACGCAGCUGUCUUGCCACUCCUCCCACAGCCACCUGCCUGUGGCCUGGCCAUCCAGGCUUCCGGUGCGUUAUACACAGAGUUUGGAAGCACACUGCUCUCCCUCCGAGAUGCCAGAAGUUUUUCCACAGCCUUGGGGAGGGGCUUUGACUGAAGGCUGGGGGCCCCGGGCUCCAUUUCCUUCACAUUCCAGCUGGCCCAGAUCCCUCUGUGGCCACAGGGCCCUGCCCCCCUCACCCUGCCCUCUGGGUGACAUGGGAGCAGACCUCCAUGUGGCCAUUGUGGGGUUGGGAGAACUUUACAAACAUUAGGACCUAACACUGUCUCAUCGCUGAAAUAAGAGGCCAUAGCACCGAAAAGCAGUGUGGGUGCCAGCUGAGGCUUCUCCCAGCCCGUGGGUGGCAGAGUGCUUGCACGCCUGCCAUCAUCUCAAAGCCAUCACCCCCAGCCAUUGUGAGCAUCCCAGUGGCACCACCAUUGUCUCAACCAGCCGGCUCCUCGUCCAUACACCUGGGAAUUUCUUUUGAGUUCAAGAACAGCCUUAAUCAUUCCAGUUUGAUUUACGCGUAUACCUCAUAAACAUUUUUCUUUUGUUUCUCUUUCUCCCCCUUUCUCUCUUCUCUUUGCUCACCCUCUUGCCUCUUCCCUCCACCACCACCUUGUGACUGACGGUUUGGUUUCCUCUCUGCUCUGCCCCUGCUUUGCACAGGGAGAAUAUUGACUUAGAAGCAAUAGGGGGCAGCAGGCCACCAAGAGCACAACCCCAGGGCGAGGUCUAGGGAGGUCCCUCAGCCCGCCUCUGUUUACUGUGCAAUUGCAGUCCUUCUUAAGCCAUCACCAGUGAGUGUGCUCAGAGCAGAGGGGUCAGGGCUCUGCCAGCCAAGGGAAAGGCCCAGAGCCCUGUGGGGAGUAGUAUGGCACCGUCUAUCCACCUGCUGGACUGGGCGGCAUUCCUCCCCAAGGCCCCUACCAUGGGGCCUCCCUUCAUCUUGGGCACAGUCACAAGUCUCAUCUCUAACGUUCUAUGCAAUGAAAUAUAAACCCUCAAAGACAACUGUUAAUAUUUAAUAAAUUCCAUGUUAUGUAUAAGGAGUUAAUUGCAAACAUGCAAUUGAAAAACUGGAUAGAUAUUCUCAUAUCAACCCUCCAACCCCACCCCUGCUCUCAUCGUGUGUGUGAAAUUCUGUCUGUGGCAUGUUUGACCUGUGGCAGGACUCGCUGCUGCCAGGUGAGUCACCGCCUGUCCCGCAGUGGAGCAUGCACAGCUCACAGCCUCUUUGCACGAUUUCAUCCAUUUUAAAUGCUUGACCCUCUUGCUUGGAGUUCUUUUUACCUCAGAACCUCUCCUUCAGAAGCACUUCUAGCUGACUUCUGCACAAGCUAGUGAGGACCUUCCAGAAUUGUUGCCUGAGCAUGCCAGGCUGUGGGACAGGCAGUACAAGUCCCCAUGUACCCUGCGGGUUUCUUUGUCCAAGACAGCACGUAAAAAGGAGGCCCCGGAGUAGACACAAUGGUAGAAGCCCACACAGGAUGUAUGUGUGUGAAUGCUCUGAAGGUUUGCUAUAGGAUUUCUAUUUGUAUGCUGUUUUCCUCUCCUACCCCAGCCCUGAGCCAGAGGCAUCUGGCCACCCCUUCCCAGCAGGGCAUUGCUGGGCUGCAUCUAUGGCCAGAGAGCAGAGGCCAAGAGCAGAACCUGGCUGUGCCCUAGGGACCCCAGCUCCUGAUUACACCUGCUCCAUUCCUUUCUUCUGUGACUGGGAGGCUCAAAAGACUGUGAGCCAGGAGACUUGGGCUGGUGCCAUGGGGUCGAAGGGUGCUCAGGACAAUCUGGGCCUUUGGCACUGUGGUAAGAAUAGCUGACAAUGUCAUCCAGAACCAGAGCAGGUGAACUGUUCACAGAAACAACGCUUCGAGCUGAGUUUCUUGGGAAGUUCCUCAAUAACAUAAGUUACAGAAGGUCCCAUGUGGCCCUCCCUACAUCUGUCCCUGCGACCUACCCUCCAAACCCACCCCCUUCUCUAAAGCCCAUGUAUCCCACUGUUCAUCAGCUUCUCCAUAACUGAGCUAGGGGUGUGGCAGGCAGUAGCUGGCUAACCCCUUGAGGCCUAACCUUCCUCCAGAGUGCUCUGGUUUGCAUCACGCAUUUCUUAGGGGUCCACAUUUCUCGUGCUUUUCUAUAAGGACUACACCCCCUUCAGAGAGGGAUCCUGGCCCAACUGUAGCAGCUGUGGAUGGGACAAGUUGUCAAUCUCUGUACUGGACCUAGGACCAUAUUCCAGAAGUGGCUUUCCUGGGAUUUGGCCUCACCCAUCUCACAGGACACCUGCUUCAUCCCAGAGAUCAGGCCUGGUCUGUAUGAUGUCAUCUAAGCAAGGGCUGAGGAAAGUCAUCAUCUAGUACCUUUGGCCACCCAGGACCAGGUCUGUGUGGGGAUGUGCCUAGUCACUGGAUAAUUGGAGACCAAGGCAGUAAUCCUUUCCACUAAAGGCCAGGGGAUGGGACUUGGAGCAGGGAACAAGCAGAGAUGUCAGCAGGCCAGUCUUCAGCAGGCCCAGUCUUAGGCUCCAAAGUAUUGACUUUUCAGCAAAUCUUUUUGGCCAAGUCCUCUGAGUUUGAAAUUUCUGGUAUCUGCCACUCCCCAUCCCCCACUGUACCCAUUGGACACAUCAUUGCCCCUCUGUGAAGGUGGUUGAAGCAGGCCUCUGGGCCGUGGUUGUCCUGGCCCUUGUGAGGAUACAACUGUGACUCUGGGGCAAUGUAGCCAGAGGCUGAGGGACCAGUAUUUGGUGCCUUGGGAAGUGGAGAGCAACAAGCACAUGUCCAAAUGGGCAAGGGAUCACUGGCAUGCAGCCCAGGCCUUUUCCAUACCCCCUCCCCAGCAUCAUGGGCAAGGGCAUUGCCUCCUCUGCCUUCUUUGGGGCCCAAUACACUCACUUCAUAGUGACAGCACCCCCAAAACAUCCUCUUAGUCCUGAGCAGAGCACGUGGUCUCAGGGCCCACAAUGAAAGGAUAGCAACUAUGGCCUGUCUUCUGGAGCCUGUGGGGAGUUUUCCAUGCAGGCCCUAUGCCAUGAUAGUGCAGUCCUGCCCCAUCAGCCCCUUACCCACCCAUGCCCCUGCUGUAAAUACUUGUCAUUGUGGACUCCGACAGUGUCAGAGGGACAGACCUAAUGAACUGAAACUCCUCGGAGUUGGCACCUCUGUCUCCCUGGGUGCCAGCAGCUCUGCUGCCAUGUGCAUUGGGGUGGCACUGGAGAGCCAUGAAACUCGUGAGAUAUUGU